AUGGCCCAAGCUGCCACGACGGCGACGGACGACAAUGUCGAGAUCCUGGUCCACGUCGCGGCGCCAGCCAUGAGCAAGGACGACGCCACGUACAGAGCGCUAGCAAAUGCGUAUCUCGCCUUUCAUGCGGCGUCUUGUACAUCCUUACCUGCGUGCACCUCGCAGCAUGCGCCACAGGGUCCAACGACACCAGAGCCGCCGUCCUCGAAGACGCACGAACCGUUCGGCCCCUCCUUUGAAUCCGCAGAGCUGUCGUUUGAAGGAGCAUGGGAUAAUGCCGACUCCCCUCGGCUCGCAGCUUUGCCACAUAGCCAGCCUUACCAAUCGUCACACCCAACGAGCGCCCCGUCGCACAGAUCGCCGCCAGGCGACGAUGCCGAGAUGACGGAUGCCGAGGACUCGUGGAUCGCGCCGCCGAGUACCGUCCCAGACUCGAUGCCCUGGAACGACCUUCGACUGCCAGAGCUCUCCUCUCCCAGCCGGACAAUGGAACACUUUCUCGGUCUGCUGGAAGACUGCUCAGCACUCGACGACUCAUCUCUCGACGAUUCGGUCAUGGGAACGAGUCCCAUCCGACGUGGGGGGGAAACCGCACCGCAGAUCAACAAUGAGAGCAAGAGCGUCGGAGCCGCUGUGCCUCCGGUCGUGCGGCAUGACCUGACCGGUCCUGUUUCCAGGGCUGAGGAGAAUGGAGGCGAUGAUAGUAUCAUCGAAGAGACAAUCCUCGAAGACACGACUGUCGAAGACACCCCCAUGCCCCGCCUAAAGCGAAAUCGCCCCCAUCAUUCGCGCGCUGGUUCCGAUCCUCUCCCAAGCAAGCACGCAAGACUGCCCUCUUCAGAUCAUCUGGCGCGAAGCUCGAGCGACACGGGGCCCGCGUCCCCCAGUCCACAGACCCCUGCCUAUCCCUUGACGCUGCGCAACCCAUCCGACUCAACCUUCAUCUCGCUGCUCGAGAUCGAAGCCCCGGCUCCCAAGACGUCCGCGGCAUCCCUCUCGCCAGACGAUCUGAUCACCCCCAACAUGCACCUCCUCAUGCGCUCCUUUGGCCUCCCCCGGCGCCUCGACUCGGUCACCCGCCAUCGUGCCCUCAAGCCGUUCGAGCGCGGGUACUGGCUCCUGGACUGCGCCGGCUGGGAACCGGGCCUCGCUCAUCGGGCUUGGGGCUUCCUGUACAACUACAUCACGGACGGAUUCGCCGGCUGGGGCAGUCGUUGCGUGCGGGAGGCGGGGUGGCAAUGGAUCCGGUUCUGGAGCUUCGGCCAUGUUGCCAAUCACGUCUAUCUCCUGCUCCACGUUGCUACCGAACGGGCGAUCAAAUCGGAGGAGAUUGCUUGGGUUGACGGUGCUGGCGAUGUCGUCCUGGUCACUAAGGGGCAUGCAUAG